CAGGUAGCUCAGGUGAAUUCCCCUUUUCAUAAGGACUGCUGCAAAAGCCUACUCCUCCACUUCAGGGCAAUGGCUCCUCGUCCAGAAGUCAGAGAUACCUUGUCUCCCACUCUUGAUACGGCACCCAAAGACUCAGUCGUCCUGCCAGCAUAUUCUACAGAGGACAAGUAUGAGGAUGACCCCUGGAAUCUCCCUGAACUGCAGGACAAUGGACUCAAGUGGUCAGAGUUGGAUACCAAAGGGAAGGUUUUGCGGGUUCUGACUGCCAUUGUCAAGUUCAUUCUGCUGGUUGGAUUUCUCUACAUGUUCGUUUGCUCUCUAGACGUCCUGAGUUCUGCUUUCCAGCUAGUUGGAGGUAAGGCAGCUGGGGACAUCUUCCAGGACAAUGCGGUGCUGUCCAACCCUGUGGCUGGCCUGGUGAUUGGAGUGCUGGUCACAUUGUUAGUCCAGAGUUCUAGCACGUCCUCCUCUAUUGUGGUCAGCAUGGUGUCUUCUGGGUUGCUGGAGGUCCAGUCUGCAGUGCCAGUCAUUAUGGGAGCCAACAUUGGAACCUCAGUCACCAACACCAUUGUGGCCAUGAUGCAGGCAGGGGACAGAAAUGAGUUCCGCAGGGCGUUUGCUGGUGCCACAGUGCAUGACUUCUUCAACUGGCUGUCUGUGCUAAUCCUGCUGCCUCUGGAGGCAGCUACUGGUGUCCUGUACAAACUCACCAAGAUCAUCAUCGACUCCUUCAACAUCCAGGGGGGAAACAACGCACCUGACCUGCUCAACGUCAUCACCGACCCUCUCACCGAUGCCAUCAUAGAGCUGGACAAAAAUGUAAUCAGUGACAUUGCCACCGGUGACCCAGCAGCCAGAAACAAGAGUUUGAUCAAAAUCUGGUGCAAAACAGAGAAAAUCACGACUCUUGUGAAUAUAACAGUUCCCUCAGCUGCCAAUUGCACGACCGGUGCCCUCUGUUGGGUGGAAGGCAACAAGACAUUGACCCAGAUAAAUGUCACUGAAACAAUCAAUCUAGAGAGAUGCAACCAUAUCUUUGUUUAUGCUAACCUGCCUGACCUGGCUGUGGGCCUCAUUCUGCUGGCCCUAUCCCUGCUUAUCCUCUGUACCUGCCUCAUCCUCAUUGUCAAGCUGCUCAACUCCAUGCUUAAGGGACAGGUGGCUGUGGUCAUCAAGAAAGUGCUCAACACAGACUUCCCUUUCCCCUUUGGCUGGGUCACUGGUUACAUUGCCAUCAUGGUCGGAGCAGGAAUGACCUUCAUUGUCCAGAGCAGCUCUGUCUUCACCUCUGCAAUCACUCCCCUUGUUGGUAUUGGUGUUAUUAGCCUUGAGAGAGCUUAUCCUCUGACAUUGGGCUCAAAUAUCGGCACAACUACCACUGCUAUUCUUGCUGCUAUGGCUGCUCCUGGAGAAACACUGGCCAACUCACUGCAGGUUGCACUGUGCCAUUUCUUCUUCAACAUAGCGGGGAUUCUGCUGUGGUACCCCAUCCCCUUCACUCGGAUCCCCAUCCGCUUGGCCAGAGCCCUGGGGAACCGCACAGCCAAGUACCGUUGGUUCGCAGCGCUCUACCUCUUACUCUGCUUCCUCCUCAUGCCCCUGACCAUCCUGGGGCUCUCCCUGGCCGGCUGGCAAGUCCUGGUUGGGGUGGCCGUACCCAUCGUUGUCCUCGCCAUCUUCAUCAUCGUUGUUAACCUGAUGCAGGCACGUUGUCCUCAGUACCUGCCCAGCGGGCUGCGUGACUGGGACUUCCUGCCCCGCCCCCUGCACUCCAUGGCCCCCUGGGACCGUGUGGUGACGUCAGGCAUGGCCUUCUGCGGCGCUCGCUGCUGCUGCAAGUGCUGCCAGAGUACUGACGAUGAAGAGAAGGGUUUGCAGGAGAGGAAGAAGAGUCUGGAGAUAUAUGAUAACCCAGUCCUAACCAGAGACGAUGAGCCGCAAGAGACCUCCAAGGAAACUAUGAAAGCCACACAGCUCUAACACAGUUAACAUAUCUAUCUGUAAGACAUAUAUAACCUAUUUGUAACAUGUUUGUAAUUCUCCAAGUUUGCUUUGGCUUUAUGGAGUUAACCAGCCUCUGUUUCGGUGAAACUGUAUCAUGUGGUGUAAGCCUGCACAUCUUGUAGGAAAACAUCACCAAAACGUGACUGUCCACUAUAUAUACACUGAGUAUACUAAACAAUAGGAACACCUCCCUAAUAUUGAAUUGUACCCCCUACCCCCCUGAUCUUUAUGACAUAGACUGACCAGGUGAAUCCAGGUGUAAGUUAUGAUAUCACUUGUUAAGUCCACUACAAUCAGUGUAGA